AUAGCUCUUUUGUUUUAAAUAAUAUCAGUCUAGUGUAUGAACUAUUCUAGAAUUCCUGUAAAAUAGAAAUUCAAAAUUAUUAUUGCAUAUGUUUAGGCGAACAAUUAUUUUAUGAUACAAUCGCAUGUAAAACAACUGAAUAUUACCUGAGCAUAGUAAUUUUUGAAAAUAGUACAGUUUAUUAUCAAAUUUGUUAUCCUUUUAUUAGCAAUCAUUUAUUAAGAGUUUGACAUAAUUGAGAGUACCACAACUAAAUAAAUUAAUGAUUCCAAUGUUUGAUAACUUAUCUGUUAGAUGAUAAGAGUGAUAAUUAUAUAAAAUUUAUUAAAUUAUUAUGUAAAUGGAGGUGAGCAGCUUAUUUUAAUUAAUUUUUCCUACAUAAUUAAAAAUCAAUAAAAAAUAAUGAUUUUGAUUAUUUAACUAUAACAUUAAAUCAAUAUUGUAAUCUACUGUAAUUAACUCAAAAAUGACGACUAUUAACAUAUAGUUAAUUAAAAAUUUCAAGUCGCAAGUAGGAGUGAGGAAAACAUUUUCAAAUAGAAUAAAUUUCGUAAUUUUCUUUUAAAAUGUUUAUGAAUACAAUAUUGCAACAAUAUUAUUACAAUAUUGCAUUAUUAUGAACACAAUUUAUUCUAAAGGUCAAGAACUUACAAAAUAUAAAAAGCUUUCUUUUUGAUUUUCUAUAAAAGGCAAUGAUUAUGGUGUGCAGUUGAACAAACUACAAUCCGAUUUCAAUUAAGUGAUAACAUAAAGACACCGUCUAAAAUGCUAAUUUUAACAAUCUUAUUAGCAAAUUUUUUCAUUUUUACAGCAGGUUAUCAUGAUCCACAUUUUCUUGAUAAUCGAACAACAAUUGUCCAUUUAUUUGAAUGGAAAUGGAGGGAUAUUGCUCGUGAAUGUGAAAAUUAUUUAGGACCAAAAGGAUUUGGUGGUGUUCAACUUUCUCCAGUUAAUGAAAACGUUAUAAUUAAAAAUCGACCAUGGUAUGAACGUUAUCAACCAAUUUCAUAUAAAUUGAUUACAAGAUCAGGUAAUCGUGAAGAUUUACAAAAUAUGAUUCAGAGAUGUAAUGCAGCUGGUGUAAGAAUAUAUGUUGAUGCUGUUAUAAAUCAUAUGGCAGCAUAUAAUGAAGAAAAUAUGGAAGUUUUUGGUACUGCUAAUUCUAGUGCAAAUCCAAAAGAAAAAAGUUAUCCAGCUGUACCAUAUACAGCAGAUGAUUUCAAUCCAGUUUGUUCUAUAAAAAAUUAUCAAGAUCCAGUACAAGUACGUAAUUGUGAAUUAGUUGGUUUACGAGACUUAAAUCAAAGUAAACAACAUGUUCGUGAAAAAAUUGUCGGAUUCUUUAAUGAUUUAGUAGAUACGGGUGUAGCUGGUUUUAGAAUUGAUGCUGCUAAACAUAUGUGGCCAAAAGAUUUAAAACAAAUUUAUGAAAACAUAAAAAAUUUGAAUACUGAAUUUUUUCCACGAAAUUCCAGACCAUUUAUCUAUCAGGAAGUAAUUGAUUUGGGUGAUGAAAAUAUUAAGAACUUUGAUUAUACGGAUAUGGGUCGUGUUACAGAAUUUAAGCAUUCUAUUGAAAUUGGAAAUUUAUUCAGAGGAAAUCUAACAUUAAAUAUGGCAAAAAAUUGGGGUCCUAAAUUUGAUUUUCUUCAAUCAGAAGAUGCACUUGUAUUUGUUGAUAAUCAUGAUAUUCAAAGAGGACAUGGUGCUGGUGGUGAAUCAAUUUUAACAUAUAAAAAUGAUAAACUAUAUAAAUUGGCCUCAACAUUUAUGCUAACACAUCCAUAUGGUUUAACACGUAUUAUGAGCUCAUUUUACUUUUCUGAUCCAAGUCAAGGUCCACCAAGUGAUAAUCAGGAAAACAUUAUUUCACCGACAUUUGAUUCUGAUGGUCUAUGUACUAAGACAUCUGGUUGGGUGUGUGAACAUCGUUGGAAAGAAAUUGAACAACUUGUUAAAUUUAGAAAUAUGGUUGAAGGUGCUCCUUUAACUAAUUGGUGGGAUAAUGGAAAAGAUGCUAUCGCAUUUAGCAGAGAACGCAAAGGUUUUGUUGCUAUCAAUAAUGAACCAAAUUCAGUUACUGCAUAUUUACAAACUUCAUUACCUCCCGGCAUGUAUUGCAAUUUAUACGAAGGAGGUAAAAUUAAAAGAAUAUGCGCAGGUAGCCUUAUUGAAGUUGAUGAAAGCGGUAAAACUAGUGUUACAUUAGAUUCGAGAAGUGCUAUCGUCUUAUUGUACACCGAUCAAAUUUAA